AUGCGUCUGCUGCAGUUCCUUCCUGUGGCACUGCUCGUGCCGCUCACGGCGGCUGCGAAUAGGUACUAUCCCGCAGAUGUAUUGGAUAAUGCAGAAGGUGUGCGGGUGAUGCUCCGUGAAGGGUUGACAACAAAACUUCCUUCACUUCAAUCUGCGAAACAACCAAUUCAAUUGGACCAAGCAGUAGAAACUUCACAGGAGGCUUCGGCUUGCCCUGCUCUUGCCCCGGACAGUCCCUCCACCUAUUGGCUGGGUUCCGUGCCCCACGGCGGCACCUCAUCCUACUUGAACGCUACCUAUGGCACUUAUAAAGUGUUCAGGAACGUUGUGACGGACUUUGGAGCCGACAACACUGGCUCGAGAGAUGCAUCAGGCUCCAUCCAAAAGGCCAUAAAUGCUGGGGCAUCGAAUUACAGGAGCCGUGAAAAGCGAGCGUAUGGAACUACACUGCAACCUGCAGUCAUCUAUCUGCCCGCUGGAACCUAUCUGCUGCAAGGGCCAUUGCAGUUCUACACAGGCACCGUGUUGAUAGGGGACCCCAUCAACCCACCCAUACUCAAAGCCCACAGCAACUAUUCGCGUGACUACUUGGUCUUCGGGAAGGAUCCGAACUUUGGAGGAACCGUCAGUUUCUACAUGACGCUGAAGAAUGUCAUUCUGGACUCGACCAACCUCGCCCCCGACUACCAGAUCACGCUGCUCGACUGGACCGUCAGCCAGGCCACACAGCUGACAAAUGUCCGUUUCAAUAUGCCCAACUUUUCAAAGGGCCACACGGGCAUGAAAGCCGGCGAGUGGCCUCGUGAUGCGGGCUACAACAGCAACAUCAUUAUCAAUGACGUUGCCUUUUACGGUGGCAACGUGGGUAUGAAUGUCAGUGGACAACAAUGGAUUUUCAAAGGAAUUUCAUUCAACAGUUGCAGAAUCGGGGCAAUGGUAAAUGGAACGGAUGUCGUGUUCAGCAACAGCUAUUUCCUAUACAACGAAGUUGGUAUCGAAGCCUCGGGCACGCCUGGCUCUGUCGUCGUUCUUGACACGGCAACGAAGAAUAUCGGAAGACUACUGUCCUCUAGACUUUCCUACCAUCCAAACAGCGUGGUUCUUGAGAAUGUCGCCAACGCAGGACUGACCGUGGUCAUGGCCGGAAAGACGCUCCUGACUGGCUCAGUUGCCGACACCUGGUAUCUGGGUAAUGCUUACCUUUCUGGCGAUCCCACGCACCACUGGACACCCGAGGGAACUAACACCACUACCGCGCGUACGGCCGCUCUGCUUCAGAACGGCAAAUACGUUUCCAUGCCUCCACCGACCUACAAGGAGUAUUCGGCCAGCAAGGUCAUCAACAUCAAGGCCGUUCCUAAUCUCGUUGUUAUGGGCGAUGGCGUGACUGACGACACGGCUAACAUCAAUGCCAUCCUCGCUCGAUACGCUGGAUGCGCCAUCAUCUACUGGCCCGCUGGAACAUACAUAGCCACUGACACGAUCAUCAUUCCAAUGGGCACGCGCAUCUUCGGCGACGCCUACUCAGCGAUAAUCAGCGCGUACGGCACCAACUUCGCAGACGCCAGCAGGCCCAGAGCGCUAGUCAAAGUCGGCAAUGCAGGCGACAAAGGCGUCGCCCAAAUCAGCAACAUGAUGUUCACGGUCGCGGACAUCCUGCCGGGCUGCAAGCUCCUCGAAGUCAACAUGGCCGGCAUUAACCCCGGCGACGUCGGCAUCUGGAACACGCACUUCCGGGUGGGCGGCGCAGUGGGCAGCCGCGUGCGCAGCGAAUGCCUCAACGUCGCCGCCGCAUGCAAAGCCGCAUGGGGCCUACUACACCUGACGUCGACGUCGUCGGCCUACAUCGAGAACAUGUGGGGCUGGACGGCCGACCACGACCUGGACUCAGGGAUCGGGGCGGACGCGCCGGCCUGGGGCUACAACCAGACGGUGUCGGUGGGGCGGGGCGCGCUGAUCGAAGCAACGCAAGGCACCUGGCUGAUCGGCACAGCGAUGGAGCACGCGACGCUGUACCAAUACCGGUUCCACGGGGCGGCGAACGUCGUGUCGACGCUCGCGCAGGCCGAGACAGCCUACUGGCAGGGCCCGGGCAACGCCGUGGCGCCCGAGCCCUGGGCGCAGGACCUCGUGCCCAGCGACCCGGGCUUCGCCAACUGCGCGCCCGGCGACGCCCUCUGCGGCAUGGCGUGGUUCAUGGCUGUGGGCGGCGGCUCGCACGACCUGUUCCUGUACGGCGGCUGCUUGUGGGUCUUCUUCAAUAACAAGCGCAAUGUCAAUGCCGGCACCAGGUGCGAUACCCUCAAUGGCGACUGUCAGGAGAACGCGGUGCUGCUGGAGGAGGAUACACAGCGGACGUGGCUGUAUGGCUUGAAUGUUAAGAGCGUCACUUUUAUGGUGAGGAGCUUGGUUAAUAGUGGAAGCGUAGCGGUGGCCGAGAUGCGCAAUAAUACCGGAGGUUGGUCCGGGGGCAUGAAUGUUGGUGGGGUCGUGGCGGCGUAUUUGUUUGAUACUUAG